CAAUUUUUCUUUAUAGAAUCUAGCUCUGAAGGAAAGGAUUGUCUUUAUGUCAAUAUCAACCUGUGCGCGAUUUUGCAGUUCACUCACAGGUAUGAGCAAAAAUUUACCAUCAUCUAAAAACGGUUCCUCGUCCAAGCUAAUAGAAGGAGCUGAAACAUGCGUGAAACAAUGGGCAGCUCUGCAGAACAAAAAAGAAAUUCCAACAACAAGUACUUCAUCAGAUAACACAGCAACAUUUACAUUUAAAUUGGGCCGAACAGCCGGCGGCGAUUUGAGCAGUAACCUCAGUGUGACCUCUAGUGAGUCUUCGGAUAUUCUAGAAUCUGACUAUAGUGAGAAAAGUGAUGAACAGAAUUCACAAAAAUUUCAAAACCCGCAUGUCGGUGUCAGAAGUCCUAGUAACAACAACGUCACAACAACUGUUAAUCAUAGUCUCGUUCAUAAAGAAGAAAAGGACGAGAGUCAUGAUGCAGCUGACAUAAAAUGUAACGAUUCCGAAAAGAGCGAACUAGAUGACGGAAAUGACACUGAUGAAGACGAAACAGACAAUAAAUCUGAAGAGAGUAGCAGCAAUCAAACGGAGAGUGGACGUAAAUAUAAUUUUGAUCAUUUUCAGAUUAUUAAAACCGUCG